CUCCAACUGCACUGCAACAAUAGUCACUGCGUAGUGAUUAAUUUCGAUCUGAACGCCUUUCCGUCAUUCGUGUCUGACGAAAAACUUCACGCUUUCCGACCUCUUAUCAUUCAGGACGCACUGAACCGCGCCGGCGCUAUACUCUUCCUAGAAUGCGACCAACGCCUCGUGACGUCAUCGGUCGGCCAGCUGACGGAGGCUGUGACGUCAUCGGGCGUGGUGACGUGGGCCACCCAGCACGCUGUGACGUCACUCACGCAUCCGCGUAUGUUCGACUACUUCUCGGCCAGCGACCGGCGGGAGGCCUUCUACUUUCUGCCGAUGGUUGACGUCUCACAUAUACUGCUAUACAACACUGAGCAAGUCCACUUCAAGGUCAUGCUGCCCUGGGUACAGUGUGCGCUCAUCCGGGAUUGUAUUAUACCUAUCGGAGCGCAAUCGGCCGGCUGCCGUUUCAACAAGAAACCGCAGUACCGCUACUCCGGCUGCCACAGCUACGACGCCAGUGCACUCAACAUAGUGCUGGGUCUCACCUACAAGUUCAACGACAUGCUGUAUGCCCACCAUGACGCCACCACCUACUUCAGGCGGGUCACGCUGGACGAGGCCACCCAAGAAGUGGCCAGGCUGCUCGAGAACGGCACUGAUGCGUCCACCGUCGAUAGUUGAGCCUAGAGUCGAUUUUAG